GCCAGAUUCGAAAACCAUGCGCGCCGCCUCCGCCAUCACAUCCAUUGCCCUUGUAGUGUCUGUGCUGCUUCCAUGUGCACAAGUGUUAGCUGACGAAGUGUCGACGACAGCGCCUGUCGUGCAGUGGUAUGCGCCGUUCCUAAGUGGCGGUGGGUACUGCUCGGAAGCCAUUUCGUUUGUCGGUGCCGUGGACAACGUCAAGUCGCCUCUAUUUUCGCUGCGGAUCACCCAACAUGGCGAUUCCGUCAACCCAUCGUUCUCGACGACGCUGCCUACGGACAUCCAAGCGCUGUUCCGGUCGCACUGGUUCACGUCCCCGAGUGCAACGCCUCCAACCAUCGCCAUCUGUCACUCCGAGCCCGGAGCGUGGAAUCCUCCUCGAUACCAGACGUCGUUGUGUCCCCCUCAAGGCACCGAGUACGCGAUCGGCCGCACGAUGUUUGAGACCGAUCGGUUGCCGUCUGGUUGGGCUCAGCGCAUGGACGACAUCAUGGACGAAAUCUGGGUACCCACCAUGUUUGCCAAGUCGAUCUUUGAGGCUGCCGGCGUGCCCCCAAACAAAGUGGUCGUGGUCCCAGAAGCCAUCGACGUCGAGUUUUUCGAUCCAGAUACCGCGACGCCGCUUCCAAUUGACGGCAUCACAGAGGCCACGACGGUGUUCUUGUCCAUUUUCAAGUGGGAAGAGCGAAAAGGAUGGAAAUCGUUGCUCAAGGCGUACUUGGCGGCGUUCUCGAGGGCCGACGACGACGUGGUGCUGGUGUUGCUUACGAACGCGUACCACAGUUCCAGUGACUUUGCCAGUCUCGUGGAGCGGUUCGCGUUGGAUACGACCGAAGGACGGUCGAUGGACGAGUUGCCGCGCAUUCACAUCCUGCCGCCCAAUCUGCCCCAAGUACGAACAUGCUGUUCGGAGUCUUCUUGGAUUCCCACAAUGUUGCAUUAGGACCAGCUUCCGGCGUUGUACAAGGCGGCGACGGCGUUUGUCCUGCCAUCUCGCGGGGAAGGAUGGGGUCGACCGCAUGUGGAAGCAAUGGCGAUGGCGCUGCCGAUCAUCGCGACGUUCUGGAGUGGACCUACCGAGUACAUGACACUAGAAAACUCCUACCCACUUGACAUUGAAGGCUUGGUUCCGGUAUGUACCCCCGCUUUGUGUCGCAUAUGUGACGUCAAUGUGUGUACAGGUGGAAUCGGGGGCGUUCCAAGGGCAUCUAUGGGCUGAACCGUCAGUUCCUCAUCUUAAAGCGCUGAUGCGGCAUGUCGUACUGCAUCCUGAGGAGGCGAGGACGAAAGGACAACGGGCAAGACAAGACAUGAUUCGGCGUUAUGCGCCGUCCGUCGUCGGGGCUAUGGUCGUGGAGGCCAUCGCAGAUGUGUUGGCUUCCCUAGAUGCACGCUUCGACGAGUUGUAGUCGCUUGAUCGAUGCGGUUUCAAAAUAGUAUCGAAAACGCAUCGUCCAAUCAAAAUUCUACUUUUGACAAGGUAUUUGAGUGGCAGUUACCCUAUUUUAAUAUUAUAUUAAUAUAUGGAGCUAUU